AUGGGGAGAUCGGGGGGGUUGCUUACAAUUUGGAGGAAGGAUGUGGUGGAGGUAUUGAGUAGUUUUAAAGGAGAAGGAUUCUUGGGGAUUCAUGUUCAGUGGAAAAAUCAUUUGUAUUACGUGGUGAACAUUUAUUCUCCUUGUGAUUUGAGUAGGAAAAAAAUCUUGUGGAACGACUUGCUUGCUUGUAAGGAAUCGUUUAAAGAUGGGGAGUGGAUUAUGGGAGGAGACUUUAAUGCUAUUAAGAAUUGUGGAGAAAGAAAGGGAAGGGGGGUUGUUGUGAAUCAUAGAGAGUCGAAUCUUUUUUCGGAGUUCAUCUUAAAAAGUGAGUUGGUGGAUAUCCCUUGCAAAGGGAACAAGUUUUCUUGGUUUAGUGGAGAUGGCAAUUCUAUGAGUAGAAUAGACCGCUUUCUUUUGUCGAGUAACGUGGUUGAUAGGUGGAAGAUUAUCGGCCAACUUAUUGGAGAUAGAGACAUCUCGGAUCAUUGCCCGAUUUGGUUAAUGAAGGAUAAUUCUAAUUGGGGACCAAAGCCCUUUAGGUUUAAUAACGAAUGGUUUUCUCUUGGCUCUUUUGUUCCUUUUGUGGAGAAAGAAUGGAAAAGUUUGAAGGUGGAAGGGAGAGGGGAUUUUGUUCUAAAAGAGAAACUUCGGCUCUUCAAAGACAAACUUAGAAGUUGGAAUAAGGAAGUUUUUGGGAAGAUCGAUCUUGAAAUGGAGGAAGGAGUCCGUGAUAUGAACAAUGCCGAUGAGAGGUUAGUUUCCAGGUUCCAUUCUUCCUGUUUUGAUGAUAACCUCAUUUUAAGAAAUGAAGCUUGUAGUAAAUUUUGGAGGAACUUGAGAAUUAAGGAGAAUAUGAUUCUUCAAAAGUCUAGAUGUUCUUGGAUUAAAGAAGGAGAUGCUAAUAGUAGUUUUUUCUAUAAGGUUAUGAAACAAAGGAGGAAUCAUAAUCAUAUUGGUCCUCUAUUCUCUUCGGGAGUCAUGAUAGAUUCGGUGGAUGGAGUUAAAGAUACGGUGUUUAAUCACUUUGAGAGGAAAUUUGUUGAAACGGAGGAGGUGAGACCUUUGUUGGAAGGUAUUCCGUUUAAUUGUAUUAGUAGGGAGGAGGCGGAUGGCCUUGAGAGACCCUUUCUUGAAAGGGGAAUAAAGGAGGCGGUGGUGGCGAAGCUCUUGCCGGGGAGGCUUAAAGGAGUUCUUAAUUCGAUCAUUUCCUCUUGUCAAAGUGCCUUUGUCCCCGGUAGACAAUUGCUAGAUGGUGUGUUAGUAGCAAACGACGUGGUGGAUUACGCUAAAAAAGAAGAAACCCUACGAAAGAGUUGUGUUUCUAGAGGUUUGAGGCAAGGAGACCCUCUCUCUCCUUUCCUUUUUGUGAUAGUUGCGGAAGGCCUUUCGGGUUUAAUUAGAAAAUCUAUCGAAGUGGGGGAAUUCCAAAGGUUUACGAUUAAGGGGUCUUGUUGUGUGGAUGUUCUCCAAUUUGCGGAUGACACCCUUAUAAUCGAGGAUGGAAAUUGGAAACAUGUGUGGGCUUUAAAGGCGGUGCUUCGGGCUUUUGAAUUAGUUUUCGGGCUUGGUAUCAAUUAUCACAAAAGCAAGUUGAUUGGCAUAAAUACUAAUAGGAGUUUUUUGGAGGCGGCAUCAUUUCUUCUCUCUUGUAAGGUGGAAGAUCCUAACUUUUACUUUCUUGGAAUUCCUAUAGGUUUUAAUCCGAGAAAGGAAGCCACUUGGAAUCCUCUUUUGUCAAAAAUGAAAAAUCGUUUAAAAGGAUGGAUGAACCGCUCCUUCAAUUUGGGAGGUAGAAUCACUCUUUUAAAGUCCGUGCUAUGCUCUUUGACCAUUUUCACUAUGUCGUUUUAUAGAAUGCCAAAAAAAGUGGUGAAAAUAUUUAAAGCGUUGCAAAGUAAGUUUUUGUGGGAAGUAGUGGAGGAAAAGAGGAGGAUCCAUUGGGUGAAGUGGGAGGAAGUUACUUUACCUUUUGAGAAGAUGGGUCUAGGAGUAAAAAACAUUGAGUUGUUCAAUUUGGCUCUCCUAAAUAAGUGGAGGUGGCGUAUUCUUCAAGGGCUUAACGGUAUGUGGUUAGAUGUUUUGAAAGCUCGGUAUGGAGACAUUUCCUCUUUAGCCUUUUGUGGUGGUAAGGGUUUUAAAGUUCUUCCCUCUUGCUCUUUUUGGUGUAAAGACUUGAUUAAGGUUAGUUCAUCUUUGUCUUUGGAUCCUAUUGUUGAAUGUAGUAAAUUCUCCAUUAAUAAUGGUUUUAUUACACCAUUUUGGGAAUCAAAUUGGUUGAAUGAUACUCCUUUGCAAGAAGCUUUUCCGGUUUUGUAUGAAUUUUCUAGCUUGAAGAAAGUAUCGGUUGCGGCUAUGGGAGGUUGGUUGGAUGGUGUUUGGAUUUAG